AUGGAUACGAAGGAGAUUGAAGAACUGCACAUCGAUAACGUUGAGACUUGUCACGAGGUCAAAGAUGUGGUAACUGGCGAAAUCAAGCUCAUCCAGGAUUCGGAGGUAGUGCUUGUACCUACUCCAACAAAUGAUCCAAAUGGCAAGUCGGUCUUAACAUUUACUUUAUGGCAGAAAUACCUUAUCCUCCUUAUAGUUGGCACGUACGCUGCAACGGGCAAUCUCAUGACCAGUGGUCUGAGUGCAUUUCUACCCGCUGUCAAAGCAUCGUACAAUGGUGCCACCAAAACAAACGACUUGGUCACCUGGCCGGCCUUCUACAUGGGUGUUGGCAAUCUUCUGUCAAUCCCAAUAUCCUGCGCAGUAGGACGGAGACCCACUUAUCUGGUUUCGACGAUAGUGCUGGCUUUUGGAUGCCUGUGGUGUGCCAAAAGUCAAAGCCUGGAAUCACACAUAGCAGGUCGAGACGUCAUGUCGAUUGCUGCCGGCACCGCCGAGGCACUGUGUCCCAUCAUCGUUGAAGAGAUAUUCUACCUCCACGAGCGUGGAAAAGUCGUCGCGGCAUAUAGCGCACUCCAGACUGUCGGAACUGCCGCAUUGAUUGUUGCAAGUCCGUAUAUUGCCUCUAAUCCAAACCUUGGUUGGAGAUGGUGGUACGGGAUCUUUGGAUGCGUCAGCGGAGCGGUCGCCAUUCUCAGUAUCAUCUUUGUCAAGGAGACCAUGUACGAGCGGCCCCUCGAAGCCCUCAGAGGCGAAGGUAUCGAGACUGACGGUGUUCUUGUCCCUGUGACAACGAACUCUGAGCGUGUGCUUGACUCUGUCAAUUAUCGCCCUCGUAGCUUCCUUCGAGACAUGGCACCAUGGGCUGGCCACGCGCAAUGGUCGCGGGCACUUGAAUGCUGCAAACAAAUGGGCCAGGUGAUUUUCUUUCCGGACGUCCUUUGGCUGGUUCUUCUAAAUUCCGCUGGUCUUGGAAUAUAUGUGCUCAUGUCGGCACUAUUUGCCGAGGUUCUCGUGAAACCCCCAUUCUCAUGGGGUUACAAUACACUUGGCUACGUUUUCCUCGGCCAGAUUGCCACCGCAGUAGUUGUAACGUUUUUGAGCGGUUCGCUCAGCGAUAUGACGACGAAAUGGCUAAGCAGGAGAAAUAAGGGGAUCAGUGAGCCGGAAUAUCGUUUGCUAGCGCUAAUUAUUCCGACCGUGGCAAUUUUGAUCUCAACCGUCAUCUAUGGGAAGACUGCUCAAAAUCCUCAAGACUGGAGCUGGGCAGGUAUUGCUGUCACUCUCAACUUUGAGUACUUUGGCUUCGUGGGUAUUGUGGUUUCUUCCUUCGUGUACUGCAUGGAUGCGUAUCCACAACGCGUCAGCGCUGCUCUUGUGUUGAUUUGCUCUUUACGUGGAUUCAUCGGCUUCGGUAUCUCUUAUGGGGCCAUUUCAUUCGUGAACGCUGCUGGGUAUGAAGGCAGCUUUAAUAUUUGCGCGAGUAUCGUCGGCGCGCUCAUGUUGAUGGGUAUCUUCGUGUACAUCUUUGGUAGGCACAUUCGGAGGAGAACUCAACGCUUCGCGGUGAACAAUUAA